AUGCUAUCUGAUCAACAACAAAUACCAACAAAAGUAUUAGACGAUUUAUGCAGCCGUUUUAUUAUUAAUAUCCCAGCUGAACAACGUGAUGAUCUUGUCCGAGUACUAUUUGCUGUUGAAUUAGCUCAUUGGUUUUAUAUUGAUUUUUAUUGUGAAGAUGAUAAUGAUUUAUAUAUGUGUAAUAUUAAAGAAUUUGCUCAACAAAUUUUUCAACAUUGUCCAUUUCUACGUGAUUAUGUAAAUAAUCUUGAUAGUAUUGUAUGUCAAUGGCGUGAAUAUAAAUUAAGUGUACCAACAUAUGGUGCAGUUUUAAUUGAUCCAACAUAUGAACAUAUAUUACUUGUAAGAGGUUUUUAUAAUCGUGAAAGUUGGGGUUUUCCAAAAGGAAAAGUUCAAGAAAAUGAAAGUCCAUUUAAAUGUGCCAUACGAGAAGUUAUGGAAGAAGUUGGUUUUGAUAUGAAAGAUCGUGCUUUUGAUGAUCAAUAUUUAGAACGUGAUCUUAAUGGACAACUUAUACGAUUAUAUAUUGUUAAACAAGUACCACUAGAUACAAAAUUUGCACCUAAAACAAAAAAUGAAAUUAAAGAAAUGCGUUGGUUUCCUAUAGCUGAUUUACCAUGUCAUAGACAUGAUACAAUAUCACAAAUUAAAUUAAAUAUUAAUCCAAAAGCAUUUUUUAUGGUCAUACCAUUUAUUAAAGAUUUACGUCAUUGGAUAAAUCAAGAAUGUGGUAUAUAUACAUCAUCAAAUGGUGAUUCAGAUAAUACAAAUGAAUAUAUAAAACAAUGUGAACAAGAAAAUUUACAUCAUCAAUCAUCAUUAAGAUGUCAAAAAAUAAUAUAUAAAAAUAAUACUCGAAAAAUAAAUAUUCAAGAAAAAUUAUUUGGUGUCGAUCAACAAACAUCAUCAUUUAUACGUAAUGGUACAUAUAAACAACGAAAAAAUUCAAGUAAAAUUAUUGCUAAUCUUACACCACAAACUAUUGAUGAACAACAAAUAUCAUCAACAAAUAUAUUUCAAAAACAAUUAAGUAUACAAGAUACAAUUCAAAAACAUUUUUCAACAAUACUUAAAAAUGAUUCUAUUACUGUUACGGAUAAUACAUCAAUUACAGAAACAAUACUUAUGAGAGAAAAUAAUUCAACUAUUAUUAAUAAUAUAUCAAAUACAACUCAAUUAACGCCACCAAUGUCAAAUGAUGAUGAAAAUAAACGUCCAUUAUCUGUCAAAAAUCAUAAAGGAAAAAGAUCUUCAUGUUCAUUAACAACGCCAUUUCGUAUAUUAACUCGAGAUCAACCUGAUGAACUCUACACUCAACUAAAAAUACCUGAAACAAAUAAUAAUGUUAAUCAUAUUUCUGAUAAAUCUCAACGUCAUCGACGUCGUACUGGUCGACAUUUAAAUAAUGACAUAACUUCUCAUAAAUUACAAGAACCAUUUUUUAAUUUAACAAAUGAUACAUUUCAAUUUAGUGGUCCUCGUUGUUGGACACAAUUUCGUUUAAAUCGUUCUGAAGUCCUGGGUAUUUGUAUGGCAAAUACAAAAGAAGUAUGCGAUUCAUUUCCAUCUAUAAUGAUCGUAGCAAUUCUUUCGUCUUUUGUGAUUGCUAUAUUCAUUGUUGGUUUAGCUAUUUCUUACUAUCAUAAACAACGUAAAAAACAAUCAAAUGAUUCAUCAUAUAGUAUUACAAGAUAUUGGCGUCGUCAAUUGGCAUCAACAUCAUGUGAUAAUUUAAAUUCAUCAUUAAUUACAAAUAAUAAACAAUCAUAUCCAAUUGUAAAUGAAACAACAAGUAUAAUUAAAAAUUCAUUUUCAUGGCCUGAAGCAAGUAUGUUACAUCGACAAGAUCAAGAACAAAUAAAAUGUUCAUCAACAAUAUCUUCAUCAGGAUUAUCAUAUUCAUUAACAAUGGAACAUAUUACAGAACCAGCUUCAUUAACAUUUGGUCUACGAUGGAAUGAUAUUACUAAAUCAUUAUUUGUUCGUGUUGUUAGUGCUCGAGAUUUAUUUAUUUAUAGACGUCAUCGACAACCUUUAGUAAUUGAUUCGUACGUACGCAUUGAACUGAUUUUCACAUCAAUAGAGAAUACUAAUCCAAAAACAUUUCCAUCAAUGCGUACACAUAUAAUUAAAAAAAAUGCAUAUCCUAUUUAUGAUGAAUUAUUUGAAUUUACAAAUCUUGAACAAAUAAAUGAUGAUAAUUAUUCAAUUGUUUUUACAAUAUCAACAUAUGAUACAUUUACAAGAGAUGAAAUUGUUGGUGAAGUUAUUUUUCCAAUAAAAUUUAAUAUAUUAGAUUCAACUGAAAUGACAUUUACACAAAAUCUAACAACACUUCAUAAACAAUUAAGUAAUCAAGAACUUGGUCAAAUGCUUAUUUCAUUAUGCUAUCAACCAACUGAUAGUAGUGUAACAAUAAUUGUAUUAAAAGCAGCAAAUUUACCUCGAAUAGGAACAACAAGAUUAAUUAAUCCUUAUUUUAAAAUUUAUAUGUUUUAUAAAAAUCAACGAAUUUUUAAAAAACGAAGUACUAUUAAACGAACAACACAAACUCCUGUUUAUAAUGAAUGUUUUACAUUUCAUAUACCAAAUAAUGAUAUAGAAAAUAUUUAUUUUGAUAUAAUACUUUUUGAUUAUGAUAAUCAUAUGAAACAUGAAGCUAUUGGUACAUGUUCUAUUGGAAAAGAAAUGAAUCAACAUUGGAAUGAUGUUUGUCAUCGACAAAUAACUAAACAAAUAGCUCAUUGGUAUCAAUUGAAAUCAUACAAUGAAUCAAUUCAUUGA